AUGAUAAAUAUAAAACGAUGUAAAGUUAGAAAGUUUGCUCAAUUAAUAGGACUUCUUGUAUCUGCCUGCCCUGCAGUCGAGUACGGUCUACUUUAUACGAAACAACUCGAACGACACAAGUUUUUACAUCUUAAAAAAGACCAAAACUACGACAAAUAUAUGUCUUUACCCAAAACCUUAUUACCAGAUUUUAAGUGGUGGUUGAAAGGCAUUACUUCAUCCGUUAGGCAAAUCAGAAUCGACGAAUAUCAUCUAGAGAUAUAUACGGACGCCUCAUUAACUGGAUGGGGCGCAACAUGUCGCGGCAAUACAGCUAGUGGCUCAUGGUCAAAAGAUGAGAAAGGAAAACAUAUAAAUGAAUUAGAACUGAUAGCUGCAUUCUUUGGGCUGAAAAUAUUCGCCAAAGAUCUCAAAAAAUGUCAAGUAUUAUUACAUAUAGAUAAUUCCACCGCUAUUGCUUACAUAAACCGCAUGGGUGGAAUACAAUUUCCUCACUUGACCAAAGUAGCUAAAGACAUAUGGAGGUGGUGUGAGGAUAGAGCCUUAUUUAUCUACGCUUCAUAUAUAAAAUCUGCAGAUAAUGUAAUUGCUGAUGCAGAAUCCAGGCGCAUACACCCCGAUGUAGAAUGGGAACUAACCAAUAAAGCCUUCCAGUAUAUUUGUAAUCAAUUUGGUACUCCACAAGUUGACUUAUUUGCCAGUCGAGUCAACACCAAAUGCAGUAAAUUUCAGCAGCCAGAACAUUCAAUCAAAGCUUACCCUGGAGGUCGGAGUAUUGUGCGGACAGCAUUACUGCGACGAAGUAUACCGCCUUCCUCACUAGAAGUUAUGAUGGCAUCACUCUCCAAGAACUCUUUUAAACAGUAUGAUGUACCGUUUAAGAAAUGGUUCAGUUUUUGUCAUAAACAAAAAAUUAGUAUUUAUGAAGCAUCAAUUCCGUUCAUCCUACUCUUCUUUACCGAAGCUUAUAAUAGCGGCUGUCAAUAUGGUACCCUCAAUUCCUAUAGAUCAGCACUUUCGCUUUUAUUAGGUCCCCAUAUAACGAAAGACGAUCGAGUAGCUCGAUUUUUUAAGGGCGUCUACAGACUUCGUCCACCUUUGCCUAAAUACGACAUUACAUGGGAUACAGCCCCUGUGCUUGAUUGCCUUGGCAACAUGUAUCCUAACGAACAACUGUCUUUAGAAAACCUCACCAAAAAAUGCGCAACCUUACUAGCUUUAGCCUCCGCGCAUAGAGUACAGACAUUAGCACUAAUUAAUAUCAAUAAUAUCGAGCACCAGCCAACUCAAAUUUCAAUUAAAAUACCAAAUGAAAUCAAAACUAGUAGUAGAUUAGGCGCCAAGCAGCCACUUUUAAUUCUGCCCUUCUUUUCGGAAAAACCCGAAAUAUGCCCUUCCACAACAUUAACUGCAUACCUAAAAAGAACCAAAAAUUUACGCCAAAAUUUGGUUAAUCUGUUUGUAGGAUACAAAAAACCUCAUAAAAACGUAGGCGCACAGACUAUUAGCCGCUGGAUCAAGUCCACACUGCAUAAUUGCGGAAUUGAUGUUUCAGUCUUCACGGCGCAUAGCACUCGCCAUGCUGCCACCUCGAAAGCAUACAAGUGUGGUGUAUCUGUCGAUAUGAUUCGUAAGACGGCCGGAUGGAGUGGCUCGUCAAAUACAUUCGGAAAAUUCUACAACAGAAUCAUUAUAAAUAACAACAAUGAUGGCUCACUCGCGCGAGCAAUCAUAAAUAAUAAUUAA